AUGUCGCAUUCUCCGAAGAGGAGAAAGUUGAGCAUAUCGUCAAAACCAAACGGGAAUCCUCAAUUUUCGAAAUCCAAAGAAGAUAACUCUACCAUGAACAAACGGGAUUCAGGCGAUCGCUCUGCGGAAAUAGCAUUGGCUAGCGGCUUCUACAAGUCCAACCUUUUCAAGUUACAAUUGGACGACCUACUUGCGGAUUUGAGACCGAAUUAUGACAAGCAAGUCUCAAGGCUUCAAGACACUCUUCAUAAGCUGAAAGAAACCAUUGAAAACAUCCCCGAAAGGCCCGCGAAAGCUCCCUUAGACGCCGAGAAAGAGUUGCGCAACACUCAUGGCGUUAUUGUCCCCUACCCCCAGCCUCGCCCUGGCAGAGAUACGAAAUACUCGGUCUCAUAUUCCAAGCCGAUUAAUGUCAACGUUGUCGGAAGUUUUGCUCUGAGAACCGGCGCGAAAUCGGCAGGGUCUUUGACAGUCGACCUCGCCGUGACCAUGCCGAAACUACUUUUCCAGGAAAAGGAUUAUACCAAUUAUAGAUUCUUCCACAAGAGGGCCUACUACAUUGCUUGUCUUGCAGCUGGUAUCAAGGAAACAAAAGGUCUUAGCCUCGACAUCAAAUUCGAUUUACAAGAUGGCAAUAGUCUUCGCCCUGAGAUCGUGCUUACGCCCGCGGAGACGCCCAAAGAUUCUAAAUCUUCAAAGCCACAAAUUCGCAUCAUCACGGCAAUUGAAGAUACAUUGUUCCCUAUCUCCCGAACCUUACCGAUGAAGAAUAAUAUUCGACAGGGAACAACGGAAACGACAGAGCAAAAAGAACCCACGCCAUUCUACAAUGCAGCUCUCCGCUCAGAGGCCACUGUGGCACAGUUUCAUAAGUCGCUAUAUUCGGCUGCCCGGAACUGUGAAUCUUUUAAAGAUGGCUGUAUCCUCGGCCGAACUUGGCUCCAACAACGAGGAUUCAGUUCCUCGAUUCAGGCUGGUGGAUUUGGAGGAUUCGAGUGGACAGCGCUCAUGUCUCUCUUGUUCGAAGGCGGGGGUCCCAAUGGCAAGCCGGUCCUCCUUAAAUCGUACAGCAGCUAUCAACUUUUCAAAGCGACUAUUCAAUUCAUUGCGGGGAGAGACCUGACAAAACCACUAUUCCUAUCUUGCCAAGAUCUUCCAACCCCUAACGACGGACCUGUGCUGUACGAUGGUGCGAAGGGCCUGAAUGUGCUUUACAAGAUGACGCCGUGGUCGUAUGAGUUUCUUCGUCGCGAAGCCGGAAAUACCUUGAAGAUGUUGAACGAAUCUCGUGAUGACAAUUUUGAGAAAGUUUUCAUCUUCAAGGUCAAUGAGCCUUUGUUUAGGUUCGACCGAAUUGCCACUCUUCCAGUGGGUAAUAGUAACAAUGCUUUACAAGGAUCGCACAACCACCGUGCGAUCUACGAGGUGCUGAAAAGGGCUUUCGAUGAUCGAGCCGAUCUUAUCUAUCUUUUUUGCAGCCGUGCCGAUCCAUGGCCCGUCGAUACUAAAGCUUCCCGGAAAGCAGCAGGCGCUUGCCUUCAUGUUGGGUUAUUAUUGAAUGCUGAUAAUGCUGCACGUAUUGUUGAUCAUGGCCCAUUCGCAGAAGAAAAAGAAGAGGCAGCCUCGUUCCGGUCCUUCUGGGGCGACAAGGCCGAGCUGAGACGCUUCAAGGACGGUAGCAUUAGGGAAAGUUUGGUGUGGUCCGACCAGCCGUCGUCAUCCUCCAUAGUGCACCAGAUCCUGACAUAUAUUCUACAACGUCAUUUCGAUUGUCCCGAAAGCGAGUUAAGAUACAUCGGCGAUGAAUAUGAUGAAAAGCUUCGCAGCAAAGGCGAUGGAGUAUUGUUGUAUUCCAGCCCGCCUUUCCAAACCAUUUCCGAUGCUUUCAAUUCCCUGGAGAAAUCUGUCCAGAGCAUGGACGAAGUUCCCCUGACUGUGAGGCAUCUAGCCCCAGCCAGUCCCUUCUUACGAUACACAGCUCUUCAUGCCCAGGCCGUUUCCGGUGUACGGCAGGAGGCGGUGGACGUUGUUCUCCAGUUCGAGAGCUCUACGCGCUGGCCGGACGAUCUGGUGGCAAUUCAAAUGACAAAAACGGCUUUCCUCGUCAAGAUAGGAGACUGUCUGUCAUCAUCUGGCACUGCUUCAUCAUGCAGGGUGGGGCUGGAGAACGAAUCGAGUCCAAUCUUGAAUAGUGCUUUCCUAGAAAUCGUUCACGAAUCUGGGGUCACGUUCCACUUAAGGAUUCAUCACGACCGGGAACAGACUCUAUUGGAACGUCAGCUAAAGGAAAAAGGCCCUCGCUCACAGGCAAAACAGGAAGUUGCCUACGCCUUGUCAGAGUAUAAGCGUCAAUUUGUCCACUCUCCCCGUCUAACCCAGGCCAUCCGUACUCUGUGCACCCGCUUUCCUCUACUGUCGCCUACUAUUCGUCUCCUGAAACACUGGUUUGAUUGCCAUCUUUUUGCAGGCCACAUCAGCGAAGAGCUCAUCGAGUUGUUGGCUGUGCGAGCCUUUACGCAACCGUUUCCCUGGGAGACUCCGUCCAGUAUUAUGGUUGGAUUUUUCAGAACCCUUCAUUUGAUUUCUCGCUGGGACUGGCAACAAGAGCCUCUCAUGGUCGAUCUAGGCGGAGAGCUAGACAACGAGACCAUGGAAUUGAUUCGCACCCGCUUUGCUGCUUGGCGUAAUGUCGACCCUGCGAUGAACUCCGUCGUACUAUUCGUGGCUUCUGAUGUUGACACGGAGGGUGUAACUUGGACUCAGCACGAAAUGCCCCCCAAGGUCGUGGCUGCUCGGAUGUCCACCUUGGCCAAGGCGGCCGUGAAGCUGGCGCGGGAGAAAUCGUUUGCUCUGAACAUAUCUGAUAUUUUCCACACCUCCCUUGCGCCAUAUGAUUUCAUUCUCAACCUUCGGCCGGGGGUCUCAGAUGGUGGUUCGGCUCCGUCGAUGUAUAAGAAUCUACAAGAGAAGGACGCUACCCGUGCCAGCCGAAGGGCCUUCGCAGUGAAAUCCCUCGUACGCGAUCUGCAAUCCUGCUACAGCCCACAUCUGCACUUCUUUUACGGGGGUGAACAAGGCGACGCGAUUGCUGGGAUUUGGAACCCGCAAACCUUGAAACCCAAAACCUGGAAUCUGAAGAUGGCAUACUCAACAUCCCCGAGCGUGUCGGAUGAAAUCGAGCAACUGGGUGACGAGGUGGUUGUGAUCAAUCGUGCUGCUAUCUUAAAUGAGAUUUCCCGCCUGGGCACCCUCCUGGUGGACAGCAUCGAGACAGGGCAGCAUUCGGGUUAA